UAUACACUCACGACCUACAGAACCAUCCCUCAUCCCAACCUGCACAUAUUUUAUCAUCACCGAAACUUAUUAAAAGAAAACAACUUAACUAAGCAAAGAAAAACUUUUAAAAAAUUAUAAUCGAAAGAAUAAGCUGCACCGUUGGAACCAUGGAGGCCCGCCGUCCGCAACAAAUAUGGCACCUCGAGGAGAAGGGACCAUCUCGGCGUACGAGGGAUGAGAAUUUAUGGAAGAGCAUUAGAACCACCAAUAAGAGAGAGAGAGAGAGAGGGCCAUUUGGUAACUCUCCCUUUCCCAAGCUUGUCAUUUAAUUGAGCUCUCUAUACGGCCGUCCGAGAAGAUCUAGGAGAGAAAAUGUUUCCAGUUGCGAGGAGGAGAAGCAGCUCGUUUUUGGGCCUCGGAUGCGGUUGCAAGGACUCCAAAUCGGUGUUGGCGUCCGACGCCUCCGACAAGUCCACCGUAAUCCGUCGCAGGUUCAGGGGUCCAUCAUCGGCGGACACCCUGACCCUGACCUCCCCCUUCUCCUCCACCUCCUCUUGCUGGGAGGAGGCGGGGGAGAAGCCCGAUAGCUCGGCGAGCACGCCGAGGUUCUCCGGGCUUCUGCGCCAGCUCAACGAGCUGGAGCAGAAAGUUUUGGCCUGGGGAACGAGUCCUCCUCCUCCCCCAGGCGAAGCAGAAAAGUGGCGAAGGCCUCAUCAUCGAAGGAGCAGCAGCGGAGGACGAAGACUAGAGGAGAGCGUGGCGGUGGUGAAGGAAUCAGCCGACCCAUUGGGGGAUUUUAGGAGGUCGAUGCUGCAGAUGAUCGUAGAGAAGGAGAUCGUUGACGGGGAAGAGCUGCGGGAGCUCCUCCGCCGCUUCCUCUCCCUCAAUUCUCCCUGCCACCACGACCUCAUCCUCCAGGCCUUCGCCGAGAUCUGGGAGGAGGUCUUCUCCGCCUACGAGAACACCCCAGAUCUCCUCUUUCGCCGCACCUACUCCCUUUCCUCCCAACCUCCGCACUUCUAAUAAUCAUUCUCUGCUACUCUUCUGCCAUGGAUGAAUCCAUAAACGGAAGUUGUUAUUUUGAUUUUUUUUUUGUGUACGUAUUCUGAAGUGAAAUAUUGGGUAGUAUUUGGGAAUGUGGUGGUAGCAUUGGCAAUUCUGAAGUAUCGUAGCGGUUGAGGUGGAAGGAAUUGGCAUGGCAUGGCACUGCUGUGGUGCUCGUGGGGUAGAAAGGACAAAGCGGACUCGGACGACUUGCAAAUUGGGGAAUCAUCGUGGAUGCUGGGUCCUGUGUGACGGAAUUAAAUGGGCCAUGUCCAUGCCCAUUAGCUGUUUGUUGUUUGUUUUCAUUCCAUCAAUCCAUCGAGUCCGUGUUCUGAUGCCUGAAAUGCUGUUGCAAUGUUUCAUCUAUUACCACCGAACCAUGCGGCAUCAGUUUGGAAUUGGAUUUAUCAUUUUCUCUGCAUGAUUCUUUUCUUCUCUUUUUAAAAAAGUUAAAUAUCUGGAUAUUUUUAGUAAUACAGAUAUGUGUAUAUAUUUUUUUGCCUGUCUAA